AUGAGCUACAGUGUUUGGGUCUCCGUAAGCGAAAAUAUCUACGGCUCGUUAAUUCGAGACGGAGUUCGUCGUGGACGUCAAAAUGAACCAAUUGCUCAACGAACCGUCUUUGGUUGGACAAUCCUUGGACCACACUGGUCAGCAGAAGUUCCGAACCAUGUCGCUUCACCUAAUGUCACUGCAAUGCGCGUCAAAUCUCACGACGACCUUGUCGAGUUGCUGGAACGAUUUUGGGUUCAGGAAGAGAUCGCAGACCCAGUAAUCCCGGAGAACGAUCAUGAGUGUGAACGAUUGUUUCAAACUGAGCAUUGCCGUGACGUCGGUGGAAGAUAUACUGUAAGGCUUCCUCGUCGUUCGACACUCAAUUUUUCAAUGGGAGAAUCGCUAACUACUGCCAAGCGUGUACUUUCUUCCAUGUUACUUCGCAUGAAAAAAGAACCUCGUCUGUCGACGGAGUACACACAGUUUAUGACGGAGUAUGAACGACUUGGUCAUAUGAGACCCAUUAGCGAUGAUGUUGCGAUGAGGAGCGAAGCACCUGUCUAUUAUAUCCCGCAUCACGCAAUUUGGCAAAGUGCUGAUGGACGUCCUAAGAUAAGGGUGGUCUUUAAUGCUUCAAAACCCACAUCUCACGGAACCUGCACUAAUACCUUGCUACACUCAGGACCGAAAUUGCAAAACGAACUAACAACCGUCUUAAUGCGAUGGCGAUUCUUCCGCAUUGUCUUUUGCGCCGACAUCGAAAUGAUGUAUCGCCAGGUACGGGUACAUGAGGCGGACGUUGACCUUCAGCGGAUAGUAUGGAAACGUCCAGGCAACCAAUUAGCAGAUGACGCAGGAGAUCGUUUUCCGGUGGCAGCCAAAAUCAUACGAGACAACACUUACGUUGACGAUUUUCUAGCAGGAGCUGACAGCGAAGAAGAAGCGCUGGAGUGUCGUGAUCAACUGAUUGCGAUAAUGAACUCUGGAGGAUUUCACUUAAAGAAAUGGAUAUCGAACUCUCCGUCCCUCCUAGAUACGAUUCCCAGUAGUCACCGAUUACGUCCCAGCUGGCGCCAAAUCGAGAUGGACGGACCCGUUGGAGCGUUGGGAAUUUCAUGGGAUCCGAUCAGCGAUGAAUUUCGUUUCAAACCCCUCGACAUUACGCGUACUGAUACACCGACUAAGAGAAGCAUCCUUGCAACAGUGGCUCGUUUAUUUGAUCCUGUCGGAUGGCUGGCUCCUAUAAUUAUUGUCGCGAAGGUCCUAAUGCAAGACUUGUGGCGAAACCAACUUGACUGGGACGAUCACCUGCCGGCAACACUAACCCAAAGAUGGCUUGCCUUUAUCGAUCACUUGCCACUUCUCUCAAUGAUACGAUGUCCACGCUGGAUCGGGACUCAACCUGAUGAUUUAAUUGAACUCCAUGGCUUUGGCGAUGCAAGCGCCAUUGCGUAUGCUGCAGUGGUGUUCUUGCGGAUUCGAAAAUCAAAUGGAACAUUUCUAUCCAGAAUCGUUGCCUCAAAAACACGAGUAGCACCAGUAAAAACUAUCUCUAUCCCACGUUUGGAGUUGUGUGCUGCCGUGCUGGUAAUCGAGCUUCUUACGCGCGUUAUUACUGAACUGAGGUUGUCCGACUCUUCUAUUUACGCCUGGUCCGACUCACAAAUCGUGCUUCAUUGGCUUAGGUCUUCUGAUCCAUCCCGGUGGCCAGUUUACAUUGCCAAUCGAGUUUCAAAAAUCCAACGAUCUCUACCAUCGGUUUUGUGGCACUACAUCCCAACGAAGGAAAACCCUGCCGACAUUGCGACUCGUGGUACCGACCCGGGAACGCUUUCUGCAAUGAGGUUGUGGUGGCACGGUCCUUCGUGUCUAGAGCAGGAAGAUAGUGGAUGGCCGCUCAAUCCACCAUUCGAAGAACCAUCCUUUUCUCAGUCACAGACAAGCGAACUACCAUCAACAGUGCUCAUUGGUCAUCUCAAAACUGUUAAUGAACCGUUCUCACAGUUUUCCACUCUGAUGAAACUUCUUCGUUGCACCGCAUGGUGCAUGCGAAUAAAACAGAUCUUGCUACCCAAAGAGGAUCGAUCUCUCUUAAUGAAAAACGGAUUGCAAGCAACUGAAUUGCAACAAGCCUUUCUUGGUUGCGUUUAUUGGACUCAGCACCUUUACCUUGGCGACACUCUUCGAAUAUUGGAACACGGUAAGGAAUUACCACGAAGACAUUCACUUGCCAGUCUUCAUCCAUUCAUUGAUGCGAAAGGAAUUUUGAGAGUCGACGGGCGAUUGGAAAAUUCUCCACUGCCAUAUGAUCAAAAGAACCCUGUCAUUUUGCCAGGACAAAGUCAUCUUGCUGAACUCAUUAUUGACUGGGCACACAAAAAAUCGCUCCACGGCGGAUCUCAACUGACAUAUUCUUACGCCAUUCGACGAGCCUGGAUCAUUAAAGGGCGUGUUCGAGUCAAAGCGCAUGUUCGGAGGUGCAUCACAUGUGCUCGUACAAAGAUCCAGAGGGCUAGCCAGUUGAUGGGACAACUUCCAGCUGAGCGAGUGACUCCCUCACGGCCCUUUGAACGAUGUGGAGUCGACUAUGCAGGGCCAUUCUUAUUGAAGACUACGAAGGGUCGCGGAUACCGUGCGACUAAAGGUUAUAUCGCUCUGUUCGUCUGUCUGAGCGUGAAGGCAGUACACCUUGAAGUCGUUGGUGAUCUUACGUCAGAUUCCUUUCUAGCUGCUCUGCGUCGUCUCAUCGGUCGGCGCGGCGCACCGUCCGAAAUUUGGAGCGACAACGCAACAACUUUUCAUGGCGCUGAGGCGGAGCUCCGAUUGAUGCUUCGAAAGGCUGAAUUUGAUUGGGGUAUGAUCCAUGACUCACUAGCCAACCAGGGUGUGACCUGGAAAUUCAUUCCCCCAGGUGCUCCACACUUUGGAGGAUUGUGGGAGGCUGGAAUAAAAACUGCCAAGUCUCACAUGCGUCGAAUCAUUGGAACGCGAACGCUGACAUACGAAGAGAUGUCCACAUUGGUUGUGCAAAUUGAGGGUUGCAUGAACUCGCGUCCAUUGGUACCAGUUGUUGGAGAUCUUGAGGACCUGGAUGUUUUGACACCCGGGCACAUAUUGACAGGCGGACCAUUAUCACAACUUCCUGAAUCAUUAGACUUAAACCCUUGUUCGCAAAACGACAAGCAUUGGCAUUUGGUGAAAAAAAUGAGGGAUCUCUUUUGGACGCGCUGGUCUCGAGAUUAUCUUCAUACACUCCAGCAGCGCAAUAAAUGGACCAGAACCCAAGCCAACAUCCGACCAAACGACAUCGUGUUGGUGAUUGAUCCUUCCUUAAUGCGAGCAAAUAAAUGGCCUCUAGGACGAGUCCAAGAAGUUUUUCCAGGACCAGAUGGACUUGUACGCACUGUACGAUUACGUACAGCUUUUGGGACUUAUGAAAGACCGAUUCACAAAAUCUCCCCCUUGCCGAUAUUAGUUCAGGAACAACAGUAA